CCAGCAAGAGAGCGCCGCACACAGAGAUGACGUUGUCAGUCAUCUGUGAUAUUGGUUAACAAUCGCAAAACUUUUCGUCAAUAGGCAAACCCACCUCUGGAGAAGAGGCACAGUAGGUCUGUUGACCAGACGAAGGCAACUGAAUUUUAAGGCGCUUUACCGUUUUCUGGACAUCUUAGAUGGGUUGUUGAUCAGCUCUGGAGCCAUAAAACGGAGAUAGCUGUAGAAGGCAUCAAUUAUUGGUAGUUUAGAGUUUCUCAAUCGCCGUUCAAUUGCAUAAUAUUUAUAGUGGAUGCCGACCCAGACAUGGAGCCAUCCGCCAUAACAUUAUUGGCCUUCAAUCUGUUUGUUGGCAUAACAGGUAUCAUUGGAAACGCGUUACUGAUGGUCGUUGUGCUCUCAAAUGCGUCAAUGCGUACAAUUCCGAACGCGCUUAUUUGCAAUAUGGCAUUCGGGGAUUUGUUCAUGCUUACUGUAUCGGUGAUAGUAAAUACAAUAUAUGAUAUAAAUAAUGGGGAUUUCACUCUAGGCCAUGCUACAUGUAUUUUUGUGAAUUUCACCCAGGUAAUGUCGAUGGGCGUCUCGAUUUUUACGCUAGUGGCUCUGAGCGUUGAUCGCUAUCAAGCGAUCGUUAAGCCCAUGGAACGCAAGUCAUCACGAUUCCGCACAGCCGUCACUAUCGUUAUUAUCUGGAUGGUUUCCAUAGCCGCCGCCUCUUCUAUGAUUUUUCUGAGCGAUCUGGUGCCAGAAUCAAAUGGAACCUCCUCUUGUCACCAUGUCGAACAUAAUACAAACGAGGCGCGUAUUUUCGAAUCAAUACGCAUGCUGUUAAUGUACGUACUCCCCUUACUCUUGCUAUGUGUUUUCUACAUUAGAAUCGCUUUCAUCUUGUAUCGAAGUUCGAUGCAGAUGCCCGGUGACGGGCAAGUAUCCCGGCAAGUGCAAGACAGGAAGAGAUUAGCACUGAUAAUAAUGGUACUUGUGUUACUUUUCGCUAUAUUGUGGUUGCCGUACGUAGUCUACAGUUUGAAAUCGGAGUUUAUAACAGAAGAAGAAUAUGCUGAAAACGAAAAGGCAUAUACACAUUUGCUUAUGAUUGCAAUUAUAAUGGGUUCUUUGAAUUCAACAAUUAACCCCAUUGCGUUAUGUAUGAUGAGCAAGAACUUCAGAAGAUAUUUCAUAAUGUACUUAAGUUGUAAAUGUUUUAAACGAGCACCGGUGAACGAUUAUAAAACUACUAUCAAGCGCGAAGGGACGUCAGUGACUAGGAUUUCUUCAGAUGACAGUACAAGGAGAAUAAAGCGAUGCGGAGGAGAAGAGUACAUUCAAAUGAAGCCGAGCAAUUCUCCGUUAAAGGGUGAAGAUUUUUGAAAAAUAACAUCCUGAAAUAACCUAAUACGAUACAUUAAAUAGGUAGAUUAUUGUCGAAUGCGUAUUAUGCAACAGCUUAAGAAAGGUAAACCCAAGGGUGUCCACAUGGAUAGAAAAUGUUUACAAUCUCGGACUCACUUACAUAAUAGCCAAUAGUUUUAUUUUUAGUUUUUGUGAAACACAUUGAUAACGUGUGUCCUAAAAAUAUACCAAUUUAUGUAGCCGUAUUUAUUUUAUGAAUGUAGAUAUUUUUGUAAAUAUAAUUUAUGAAUAAAAUAUAUAAUUUAUAUAUAUUGUGCAUACAUGUGACAGAUUUAUAUAUAGGCACUUAAUUAUAUUUAUUCACAAUAUAUUAUACAAUAUUCAACUUAAAAUUUAAGAAUACUCAGUUUAUUUAAUAUUUUUUAUCAAUUUAAAAAAAAAUACUGCAUUAGAUUGUGCCAGGAUGAUAAAGUCAAUAAUUAUUUAAGUUGUAUACCUCCUCAUUCGCCGUAAUAGAUAUUAUGAUUUUCAUACUCUAUUGGUUUAGAACAUUAGAAUAUAAUUUGGGCAUUAUGUCAAAAGAUUAUAAUUAAAAUACAUUCAACUUAGUUUAAUACAGACGAAUGUGCCCGGCCAGUCAUCAUUUUCUAAAUUAAUAUCGAAUAUUUAUAUACAUCUUAAAUUGAAAGCAAUUUGUUUUUCUCCUGCUUAUUGUCAUUAUGAUUACGGCACGAAGUUUUAUUUAUUUUUUUUUUCAAAAUGCCGAAAAGUCAGUUCAAAAUGUGUAUACCUCCCGUAUAUACUGUUAGGCUUAUGUAUGUAUACAUUUUUAUAAGGAAUAGUGUGUGUCAGAGACAAACAACAAAGAAAUGUUUGACGUAUUUUAUAUAUAUUCUUAUCAAUAUAUGAAAUAAGUAUUUGAAUCUGUUGAACCAUGAAGCCUCUGUGGUCUAAUGGUAUGACGCUCGCCUUGACAGCGAGAGGUCGCA